AGCUCAAACCAAGUGAAGCCGCUAUUCAUUCACUUCUCAGUCACACUGGCGGUAAUGUACAUCUGUAGUCACAGGUGCCCUGGAGUAGCCUGACAGAAACGUGGCUGCCAAUUUGUGCUUACUGCCUCUCCGACCGACACCAAACAUUCCUUCACAUUCAUACAUACACCAGUGUGGGGCAGAACUGGAGGCAAGAUGGGUGAUGUGUCUCUACCUCCUUGCCGUGGAACAAAACAAGCUUUUAAUGUCGGUUGACGUUGCAGCUUCCCGUCAGCCUUAAGAUGAACACAUCCAUAUUUUCUCAUCGUCCGUAUUGACUGCGUUGUUGCAGUGUAAUGCAACAUCUGUGGAUGGACCGUGUGGAAGAAAACAUGUUACUGUUGGCUUCUUGUAAACAGAAAGAACACCUCUGUGGACCCAGACUGAUGGGAGCAGAGAGGGAGAGAGGUAGCGAUAGACGAGAGGAGAGAACGAGAGAGCGAGACAAAGAUCGGUAUCACACGAGAGAGAGAGAGAGAGCGGAGGAUAUCGGCAAGGUGAAGUAAAAGGAGCUAGAGGACUAGUCGCACUGAAAGCACUGAUAGGACCGCCAUGGGCUAGAAGAAAGACAUCAAGCGAGCGGAGUGGGAAGCGCCACAGUCUGAAUAGAGUGCUGCCUGGAAUAGAAGAGGAAGAGGCAGCCAAACGUGACCGAGAGAGAGAGGGAGAAGAACAGGACGGGGGACUGCCAAAUGAAAAAGCAACAUGGGCGUGGAGAGAAGAGAUGGUGGCCGUCACACGAGAAAGUCGUGACUUGUUGGAGAUUGGAGGGAAAAAUCACCUGUCAUGUCGGUCUCUGCAGCAUUUCGCCCGUCUGUACUGUUUGACCUUCCUUAGUCAGCAAGCAGAGUGUGACUGCGGGGAAAAGGAGAGAAGCAUAAAGGGAGUGUCUAUGGGUGAAUGCUAAAGUAGAGUAGGAGUUCAGGGAGUUGUUGCAUUGCAAGACGGACGGUAGUCGUACACUGCAUCCCUCCUCCGGGACCACCAGACUUGUUCUUUACCGAAUGCCUGAAGUGGAAGUGCAAAGAAGCCUGAAAACUGGAAGUCUGGGUCUCUAUCUUGCGCCUGUCAGGACAUCUUUGGUGGGACUUUUAAAGCUGUAGUCUUCCGGAAUAAUGGAUGUAUCAGGGAACUCCAAAGGGUUGGCUACAAGUGGUGCUAGGGUGGGAGAUCCUCGGAUGGUUGAGGUUAGAAUGGGGGAGAGGGACCCCCCGCUGAGGUUGUCACCGUUCCGUAUGCUCCGUGUACUUGACUCAUGCCGUCCUCCCGGAAGCCGUAUUGGUAUUGUCCACGAGAAUGUGAAAAUGGGUUCAGAUGGAGAGAGCGACCAGGCUUCCGGAACAUCUUCCGAUGAGGUCCAGAGUCCUGUCAGGGUCCGUAUGAGGAACAACCACCAUCGGCGCAUCUCUAAUGAGGACAUAAACAAACGUCUGUCUCUCCCAGCUGAUAUCAGGCUACCGGAGGGCUACUUAGAGAAGUUUGCCAUGAACAGCCCGCCCUUUGACAAGCCCAUGAGCCGCAGGCUACGACGCGCUUCAUUGUCUGAAAUUGGUUUUGGGAAGCUCGAGACCUACAUCAAACUGGACAAACUCGGAGAGGGAACAUAUGCUACAGUUUUUAAGGGGCGAAGUAAGUUAACGGACAACCUGGUAGCUCUGAAAGAGAUCCGACUGGAGCACGAAGAGGGCGCGCCGUGCACGGCCAUCAGAGAAGUGUCCCUCCUAAAAGACUUGAAGCAUGCCAAUAUCGUCACGCUCCAUGACAUUAUCCACACGGACAAGUGCCUGACGCUCGUGUUUGAGUAUCUGGAGAAAGAUCUGAAGCAGUACAUGGAUGACUGUGGGAGUAUAAUGAGUGUGCACAAUGUCAAGAUCUUCUUAUUCCAGCUGUUGCGAGGUCUGGCUUACUGCCACAGAAGGAAAGUCCUCCACAGGGACCUGAAACCCCAGAACCUGCUCAUCAACGAGAAGGGAGAACUGAAACUAGCAGACUUUGGUUUGGCGCGGGCCAAGUCCGUGCCCACGAAGACCUACUCAAAUGAAGUUGUGACAUUAUGGUACCGACCUCCAGAUGUGCUUCUGGGCUCCACUGAGUACUCUACCCCCAUAGAUAUGUGGGGUGUGGGCUGCAUCUUUUAUGAAAUGAUCACAGGCAGGCCUCUCUUUCCUGGAUCCACUGUGGAGGAUGAAUUGCACCUCAUAUUCCGCAUCCUCGGCACCCCGACGGAAGAGACUUGGCCUGGCGUCAGCACCAGUGAAGAGUUCAAGACGUAUAAUUUCCCUCGAUACAACGCAGAGCCGCUUGUUAACCAUGCUCCCAGGAUAGACAACGACGGUCAUGACUUGCUGUCACUCCUCCUGCAGUUCGAGGCAAAAAAGCGAGUAUCCGCCGAGGAGGCGCUCAGACACGCUUAUUUCAGAACUCUUGGCGAGCAGGUUCAAACGCUGGCGGACACCGCAUCGAUUUUCUCUGUAAAAGGCAUUCAGCUACAGAAAGACCCCGGGAAGAGAUCCUCGGUCUACCCGGAGUCAACGAUGGCCCAUAAGCUAGGCUCUGCACCCUCACAGUACUUCCAGAGAGAAGCAGCCAAUCCCAGGCCUCAGAGUCACAGUCUCUCCUCUACUUCCACUGGCUGAGUGCUCACUGCCGUUCUGCUCAGGGGAAAGGCAGGAGGCAGAGUGUGCUGUUUUAAUGGUGGCGGAUGGUCCCAAAGCGGAGGAGGUUUGUUACUUUCCGAAUCACUCCUGCCAGAUAUGUACAUUCACGCACACUGAAGGAGCGACACACUCUCACUUGAAGAAAAAAGCAACACACACGCACACACACAUCGAGAACAACAGUGGUUACACACGCUGACUCAUAUAUACGAGAAUAAUCUUCAAAAACAACAAACAAGAAGAGGAGAGAGUAAAGUGGGAGAGUUUUAAGACUCUCCUUGCUGCUAUUACUGCUGCUGUCCACAAGAGGGCAGCGUUUGACGUCGGCUGUUUGGAACAGAGCUUGAACUACAAAAUGAACUUCCACACUCUCAUAAGUCUCUUCCCCACUCUGUCGCUCGGACUGUUGCUGUACAUAAAGAGACUGAGCUCUUCUAUCGUCUCAUGAAAUGCCUCAGCCUGAAUCCAAAACCUCACCUCUGCCCUUUUAUGACAUGAUCUCCAAGACACACACACACACAAACAAUCGUUCUCAUUCUGUAGCUUCAUAUCUGUCAUGUAUACACACAAAAACCACUUUAGUUCCACUUGACAGUUAAGUGUGUGUAUCCGUGGAGUUACAGAGAUGAGUUUUAGCACCUUAUUGUCUGCUAGAGGUCAGGGACGCUGUUGAUACUUUACCUCAUCUGUCACAGUUGAGCUUAAAGAAGUAUAUCUAAUAUGUUAUUAGAGUGAUCAAUAAUUUUAAAUGAUAUACCAAAAAAAAAAAAAAAAAACAGUAAUUGGGACAUAUUAUGGUGUACUACAAUCAUGGACACUCCAGUAAGUAACCUGUCAGGACAAUGAGGUAGAAAAGUGUGUAAGUCCUCACCUGCUUAUCCUUAGAGACCCCCUUUGCCUUGACUCACAGUUUAUUCAGACGUUGAACUGUUCUCUUUGCACCUAAUUUUACCUCUUUGGAUCAGCGCUAGAUGAUUCAACAUCCCUUCAGCCCUCUCCAAGCCUAUAGCUCCAUUGUGCAUUGUCUAUUUUUUACACUUGAUUUGAUUCCUAUUUGUAUAUGAGAUCCUACUUUUUAAACUCGUCAGAAGCAAUGGUGAUUCCAAGAAUGCUGUUCUCAGUCUUUGCUGUGCUCCCGCUGUAAUAGUUGGCGACUGGCUGGGAACGUGUUGCACAUUCCUUGACCUCAGGACUUAAUUGUUGUGUUUUUUUUUUUGUUUUUUUUUUGGGUGCUGCGAGGUGGCGGCUGAACUUGUGUGAAAAUGUAAGAGUAUUUUGGCCUGAAACCCUCACAUCUGCGUUCCCUGCUCUCUUUUUACACCAUCUCCUAGCAUACGUGUGUAUUAAAACAUGUGAAAUGUUUGCACGGCAAGUGAUCUAAUGAUCCUGUCAAGACAUACCACAUUAACCCCCCCCCCCCCCCCCCCAUGAUGAUGUAAAUAAAAAUAUGGUUUGAUAACAAUGGGAUGUAUUGCUUUGGGACCAGAUGACAACUUUUUUUUUUUUGCAUGUUUGUCACACUCGUGUUUCAGAUCAUUAAACAAAUGUAAAUAUUAUUCAAUGACAGUACAACUUAACCCCCUGAACCUAAUAACAACAACUGCAAUCAAGUGUUUAGUAAUAACUUGCAAUGGAUUUCUUGAAUUUUGGCCCACUCGUCAUUGCAGAAUAUUGCAGUCAUUCAGCCAUAUUGGAAGCUUUUCCAGCAUGAAUCGCCUUUUUAAGGUCAUGCCACAGAAUCUCCGACUCGGACUAGGCCAAGUCCAAAGUCCAAGUCCAAAGAUCAUUGUCGGCUGAAGAACCCAAGUUGGUUUCAGCUUAAGGUCACCAACAGAUGACGUUAAAUUCUCCUUACAUUCAUGGUUCCAUUUAUUACAGUCUUCCAGGUCCUGAAGCAGCAAAAGAGCCCCAGACCAUCACACUACCACCACCAUAUUUUACUGUUAGUAUGGUGUUUCUUUUUCUAUACCGUCUAUUCCGUCAGACCACACAUUAUUUUCCCAAAAAUCUUAGGGAUCAUCAAGAUGUUUUCUGGCAAAAUGUUCUUUUUGUUCAGCAGUGUUUUUUUGUCUUUGAAUUUUUCCAUGCCUGCAGUUCUUUGGAUGUUGCUGUGGGGUCUUUUGUGACCUCUUGGAUGAGUCGUCGUUUUGCUGUUGGGGUAAUUUUGGUUGUCCAGACACUGCUGGGAAGGUUCACCACUGUUUUUAAUUUUUAUUUUUUUGCCAUUUGUGGAUAAUGGCUCUCACUGUGGUCUGCUGUAGUCCCAAAGCUUAAUGUUGAUUAUGUUUUAAGGGGAGUGUAGGUUUAUAUAUUUUUUUUUUACUUUUUUUUUAAUUUAAAAACUGCAAUUUGUGUUGAGUUGUGUUGUCACUGACUAAUAUUCUAUCUAUCUAUGAUCUGAAACAUUGUGUAACAAAGAUGGGGGGGAAAGAUUGGAAAAACUUUCUCACACCACUAUAGCUGUCCGCAUAUCUGUAAAAAAAAAAAAAAAAAAAAGGCCAUGGAGUAAUCAACAGGAAUUGAAGCACUCAAACAAAAUAUUUUGUACAAUUUCAAGCUGCCAGAAGCCUCCAAGCACACAGCUGUUCCACACACCAGUAAACCAACACUAAUACGUGUACGUGUCAGUGACAUGGAUUAUCGGUAUAGAGUGCAGUUCCUCAGACCCUGACCUCGGAUCUCUUUCGACUUAGAUGCGGUCCUUGGUCUGGGCCUGUUCAGAACCGCUCCUUUCCCCAGUGUGUGGCGGUAUGUAGCAUGUACAUAGACGAUUGCUCACUUUGUAUAUAUAGAGAAGUGUAUACGUUUGAUACAGAUAGUCACAUUCUGCCCUUUUUUUUUUGUUUCUUUCAUGAAAGUCAUAGCAAUAUUUCUGUAAUCAAUAAAAAGCCGAGGUAAUAGGGUAAUAAUGAUUUGACUCGUUGAUGUAGAGAGGUGACUGUGAAUGAUUCAACUGUGAGACUUGAUGAAAGCGACAGGGAUGUUUUUGUUUUUGUUUUUUUUCUCCCCUUUGAUGUUUUUGCUGUUUGACAUGCAAAUGUGUUCAACGGGUUGACGUUUAAAGGAAGGGUCGCAAAGACAAAACCAGAUUAUUUUGGUUGUUUUUUCCGAAAGCCAUAUUGGAAGUACUAAACAGUGACAGAGGUCUGGUUGUGCAGAGUGACUACUCAAAGGAGAUGUGUACACCUAGUUCAAUAAAAGUUGUCUCUGACACUCAUGA